AUGGCGCCAUUCAAGGUUGGCUCAGUUGACGUCAAGAUGCGCGACGCAUCCAGACCGCAAGCUCCUCCAGCCACACCAAGUAGUACAACGCUUCCAGCCGGACACAAGAAACGCCCGGAUUGCCGUGCCUUAAUGUCUCCCAUCAUCUUCGACAAGCAUCAGAUUCUGACGCUUCGAGAUGGGACCAAGAUCCGCGCGGAUAUAUUCCGCCCUGUAGGAGAUGAAACGGUGCCAGCUAUUGUCAUGUGGGGACCAUACGGCAAGUCUGGCACCGGGCUAUUGAACCUCCAUUCCGCACCACUACGAGCCGGUAUACCUGCCAAUCGUCUUUCUGGAUAUGAGGAUUUCGAGGGACUUGACCCAGCUGAAUGGGUGCCCAGAGGCUAUGCAAUUGUCAACAUUGACCCAAGGGGCGUUGCUAUUGCCCCGCUGGAAGGUCAAUCCGAUCUUUUCAGAGAAGACUGCUUCCGUGGGGGUAUUCCCUGGACGACAUUUGCACGUUCAAUUGCCGAUAUCUUGCCGGGUCGACAACAACAGGAGGACAUAAGCGCUAUGGUCGAUCCCUAUACCGUUACCAACGACUACCUGGAAGAUAAGCGGGCCGACUUUUCCAAGAUUCAAGUUCCUGCCUAUAUUGGAGCCAGCUAUUCGUCCAACAUCCACGGUGUGGGCUCUUUGCUCCUUCAUUCGACUCAAGAAUGGUACGAUCUAUAUAGCCAAGACCGCACCCAAGACCGCACCCAAGACCUUGACAAAUUUUUUGGUUACUACCUGAAAGAUAUCAAAAACGACUGGCCACAAACGUCACCAGUCCGUCUAGCGCUACUAAACUUCACGAAGCCGCCCAUUGUAAACAAGGAGUUCCCGGAUCUCCCCUGGCAGCUGCCAUCUGCUGCGUCCAGACAAUUGUAUCUCGGCCCCGAUUGCAAGCUGGCAACGGAGAAACCUCUCCAAUCGGGGACAUUGCAUCUUCAGGCUGACACAACUGACGAGAUUGCCUUUACGUUUGACGUCCCUUCCAAGAUGGCAAUUGUGGGUCCCAGUACCUUGGUUAUUCAUGUCUCUGCCCCUGAUCACGAUGAUCUGGACAUAUAUACACAUAUUUUCAAGGCAGACAAAGAGGGGAACAUUCUGUCGAACCUCAACAUCCCAAUACCAGACGGGGUCCCCGCUGAGGAGCAAGCCAAGCUCACUAAGAACAGAGUGUUUCGGUACUGGGGUCCCGAUGGGAUGUUGCGUGCGUCCCGGCGACAUGUCUCUGCUGAAAAGUCAGGAAAGUCCUGGAAUACGCUGUCUUACGAGCGCAUUGAGAAGGUUCAACCAGGGAAAGUCGUCAAAUUGGAGAUACAGAUAUGUCCAGCAGGCAUCGUCUUUGGAGCAGGGGAGAAGCUAAUCUUGAAGAUCAGCGGAGAGAAGCUUGGGGUUCCUCAUCUUCCACACUUGCCGAAAGAACCGAACCAGAAUCGCGGGAAACACAUUCUACAUGUUGGUGGGCAGUGGGAAAGCUGUUUGCAAUUUUUUACCACGGACAUAUAG